GAAGAUAAAGACGGAUGUCAAUCGAGAAGGCACGUUAGAAGCCAACACAAUGCCGGUAAUGUUCGGAUUGGUCCUGUGUCUCUACAGUAGCGUUAGGUGUGUGGAUGGGACCAUUUCCCAGCCGAAUGAUCCGUCGCUACUGCAUUUGGACGGUGAUCGCUACGUCGACCAGAAGUUUGAAAGGAUAGAGCGUCUACUGCUGCAGAAAGAUGAUAGGAUUUUCGAACUUGAGGCUAAAUUGGCAAGUCACAUGACCGCGUACACAAAUUACGUCACUAACAAUGCCAUUGAAAUGGAAUUCGUGAACUCGGCACUGGCUCAACUUCAACAAGAUGUUACAUAAAAGGACCAGCUUUUACAGGAACUUCAGCGACGGGUAUUAGGUUUAGAGACAGUUGAUUCAAAUAGAGACGACCCCAGAGAAAGACUUCCUCAGUCUACUGACGAUGACGUCAUACCAAAACACAAAACCAACGUUGAACCAUUAAUCGCUACCCUUCAUGAAACUGAGCUAAUUGACGCCACUCCUCGUGUUUCCGGUGAAGUGAUGAAUGGUGGUUUUGAACCAAACAACAUGACUAAUCUGGACACUGUAGUGCGAUCUCGGAGUGUUGUAAAGAGUGAAAGCUCUUACAAGAUGGACGAUAAUGAUGGCGUGAAAGUCAUGUCAGUGGUUGAAAAUGAUGACGUCAUUAUAAAAUCAAUACCAAACGAAGCUCUCAGAUCAGACGAAGAACAGGGUGUUGAUAAUCGCGGUUCAGGACGAAAAAGAGUAGCCCCUUAUCCUGUUUCUAACGUGGCCUUCCAUGCCGAGAUGACUGUGACCGGGACUGUGGUAAAAGGCUCUCCCUUAGUAUACAACCACGAGGUUCUAGAUCACGGAGAUGGGUACAGUGCCACCGACGGUAUGUAUCUUGUACCAGAGUCUGGUACGUACGUAAUCACGUGGACAACCGUUACCUAUCACGAUUUUGCGCAGACGUUUCUGAUUGUGAACGGCGAAAGAAGAGGUUCAUCCAUGACAGAUUCUCACGCAGUAACGGACGUUCACCAGGCCACAAUGAUCGUCGUCCUGACACUCAACGAAGGCGACCACGUUUCUAUACGUGUGGGUACCCUUGGGCACGGUACAAUACACACCUCCGAUAUUAACUCCAAACCCACAUUUUCUGGAUGGAAGCUGUACGGGACCCAGUGA